AUGCCAAACUCAUGUAUUCUUGCUAUCGGUAAUACGGGGAAUGGAAAAAGCUUUACGGCAACUAUUUUUGGAGCGAAAGAUGUGAGAAUCGGACAUUCAACCAAGUCCGAAACUGAUACAAUUACGGUUCAUAAUAUUAAAGAUGGAGGUUUCUACAUAGAUACACCUGGGUUCGAUGACUCUGACGAACAUAAGGACGAUGAGGAUACUAAAAGAUCCAUUUUUUUUAAGAUGAUGGAAUCGGGAAUUGAGAAUAUUACGACAAUUUUGUGGUUCGUAACGCCUGACGACAGAGCGAAAGCUUCAUAUAAACGUCAAGCAAAAUUUAUAGAAUCUUUGGCGAAAUACUAUAACGGAAAUGCGUGGGACAAUACCAUUAUUGUAACUAAAGGUGCCAGUGACUCAAAUAAUGCUGGCCCUCGUGAUGCUGCUAGAGAAAUGGCCACCUCACUUUUAAAAACUGGCGAAUUUAGGAUUUUAUUAUUUGAAAAUUUACCACCUAAAAGCGUUUAUCGAAAGAUGCACCUCUCAAGUGAUGAAUUGAAUGAAUAUGGUGUUUUUAAAGAAUCAGAACCAGAAAGAAUCCUUGCAAAGUAUGAAUCGUUAAUGGAAGGACAUGUCGAGCGUCCGAUAGCUCUCAAAAUUAGAAAAGUCAAGUGUUUGAAAUGUCCUGAAGAAACUGAUCCAAGGUUAGCAUCGCCUAAUUGUCAUUUAGAUUCGGAAUUCUUUCACCCCAAUACAGAGUCUGUUCAUCAAGGAAACGUUAUAGAUAUACAUCCAGCUUCCGAUUUUUAUAAGCAUUCUGAUAGCUAUGUUGGAGCUACAACUAGAAAUGUUUUCGAUAAUAGUCCCCAAGCUUGGACCGUUCGUGCCGUUACUUUUGGAAGAAUAAAUCCUGAUAGACCCGAGUUCGUACCUGGAUAUUGGAAUUGCUGCAAGAAUAACGAUGCUAAUGCACUUGGAUGUAAGCAUAUUUAUCAUUGUUGCGAAAGAGCUUAUUCAUCUUCUGGAUGCGAAAAAAUUUACGAUGGGUGCAAACACAAAGUUUGGGAAACUGCUUGUCAUACAAUCUGCAAAAACUGUAAGAAAAAAUUGGAUGAUAUAGGUUGCAAAUCGAGGUGCAAGAAUUGCAAACAUGAUAAUCCACUUAGUAUAAAAGGUUGUAUCGAUGUAUCUCACAAAUUUCCCUAG